AUGAACGACCAGAUCUUCGACCUGGCCCAGGGCCUCGUGCCUGCCAACUACAUCAAGCAGGCGCGGCAGGCGCGGCAGGCGCGCGAGUCGCUUCUCAAGACGCUCCUCGCGCAGCGCCGCCUUCCCGAGCACGGCUGGGACGAGCCGACUCUCAAGCUGGCGCUGGCCGAGCUGGCGGCGCUCGACUCCAACACCUUCGUUGGCAACGCCGGCGUCGGCGAGCGCGAGGGGCGCGUCAUCUGCCCGCUCGUCGCCGCGCGCCACUUUGGGCUCGCGCACGGCAUCGGCCGGUCGGGCGACAUUGCCGAGGCGCAGCCAAAGGCGGCGGGCUCGUCGCUAAUCUACGCGCUGACGAACGCGCUCGCGGCGGACGCCCUUCGUCGCGCGGGAGGCGCCGGCGUCUCCGAGUGCGUCACGCUGCCGCUCGCGACGGGCAUGUCGGUGACGCUCACGCUGCUCGCGCUGCGCCAGCUGCGGCCGAACGCGCGGCAUGUGCUCUGGCCUCGCAUCGACCAAAAGUCGUGCCUCAAGGCGGUGAGCGCGGCGGGCCUGACGCCGGUGCCGAUCGAGAACCUGCUCGACGGCGACGAGCUGCGGACAGACCUCGACGCGCUCGCCGCGAAGCUGUCGGAGAUCGGCGCAGACGACGUGCUCUGCGUGCUCACGACAACAUCGUGCUUUGCCCCGCGCGGUGUCGACAAACUUCUCGACGUCGCGCGCCUCUGCGCCGAGCAAGGCGUGCCCCACCUCUGCAGCAGCCGCGAUACCGCACCACCCACGGGACUGAACCCACGCUGGGCCAUCGCCAGCGCCUCCCGCCACGGCCGCCUCGACUGCUUCAUCCAGUCGACCGACAAGAACUUCCUUGUCCCCGUCGGCGGCGCGAUCGUCGCCACCGCCGACGGCCGGCACGGGCCGGAGCUGCUGGCCAAGGUGCGGUCGACGUAUGCCGGCCGCGCCUCGAUCUCGCCCGUCCUCGACCUCUUUUGCACGCUGCUCCACCUCGGCGCCGACGGAUGGCUGCGCCUCCUCGAGCGGCGGCGCGCCUCCUUCCCGGACUUUCGGCGCAAGCUCGAGGUGGUGGCGGCCAAGCACGGCGAGAGGGUGCUGCACACGCCAAACAACGGCAUCUCGAUGUCGGUGACGCUCACGCCGCCGGAGGGGUCCAAGCCCGCCGGGUCGCUCGGCGCCUCCCUCUUCGUGCGGCUCGUGUCGGGGCUGCGCGUCGUCACGCCCUCUGCCGCCGGCAAGACGGUCGGUGGCAUCCCCUUCGAGUCUUACGGCGCGCACUACUCGGGCUACCCGUGCGCGUACUUCUCUGUCGCGUGCGCCAUCGGCAUCGCGGACGGCGACGUCGACCUCUUCCUGCGCCGCCUCGACAAGGCGCUCGCCGAGUGGAAGAAGCCGCCGCGCCAGCCAAAGGCAAAGGCGGGCGGCGCGGACGGCGCAGCGGGGAACGGGUCCUGCGCCGCCAAGGACCGGGACCUCGCGAAGGAUUUCCGGCCCAACCCCUCCGCCAAGGAGUUUGUGCCGGCCGCGCAACCCGCGCCCUGCAUGACAGCGGCGCCGCCCUGCUCCGUGGAGAAGGCGGAGGAGAAGGGGGUGGCGGCCGAGUGAGCGCGUGUGGCGCGGAGCAUGCAGCGCACCCACUGACGAAGCCACGUACAAUUAUUUUCCCGCGCGAGAGCACCUGCAGGCGGAUCACUUGGCAGAUUCAAUUUUGUUGGACGCGUCCCAAUCU